AUGGGGACGCCGGGCAACUUGUCUUUCUCUACCGGCACUCUGCUUUUGGGGCAUGUGAGAAACGACGGCGUCGAAGACAUCGCCUCCCUCUCGAUUUCGACGCCCUGCAUGAAUCACCUUGGCGGAGAAGAGCUGCAGGGCGGUGCGGAGCAGCGCAGGUGCGCCGGUUUAACCCCAAGUAGUGGCAGUAGGAAGCUGCCGGGGCCAAGGGGAGGCGUCAUCAACAGUAGCUUCACCAUUGGCAUGCGACCGCGGGAGAAGAGGCGGCCUCCCUCGCUCUUCUCCACAUUCGCAUCCUCUCUGCCACAGACGCUGCAACAAACGCCGUGGGGGUGGCAGGGGCGCUUGAUGCCGGAUCCACCGCCAACAACUGUCCCCACAAUGGAGGGUGAUCUACGCCAGGGUCAAAGCUCUGGCCCGCCCUCACCGCAGUCGGGGGGGCAACUCACGUGUGCGCAGCCCGCUGGGGUUGGUUGGGUGGAGCAGUUGAAGUUUACUUAUCCGCAGAAGACACCGCUAGUUUCGCUGUCAGAGGACAAACGCGUGUUGCUGGCGGGUCCCUUUCGCGUCUCCAGCGAGGGAUGCCUCACCUUGCAAAAUGUACUGCUGCUGAACUCCAAGCAUCGGAAGAGUGGUGAAGGUCAGAGCACGGAGCGAGGGACACCAAACCCGCCGUUGCCUUUAGGAAAAAUGCUCGUCCCUGCAGAGCCAGUUGUCAACAGCUCCUUUACCCUCCUUUCCGCAAGCGUUGACACGCCGUAUAGCCCCAUUACAUACUCCUUGGACGCCAACGCAGCAUUGGUUCAAGACACUUCCACCUCUGCAAGUAGAACACGAGUUCAGGACAGUGUGUUUGUGACUCCACAUUGCCCUCGCACAGGCAGUGAAACACUUCGUGAAAGCGAAGGGGAGGAUAGCGUGGAUUUCUUUUCAACACGCGGGUCGGACGAUGUCUCAGUGAUUAGUGUUCCGUCGUAUGCAGAGAUGUCUUUAAUGUCUGAAAUCUCGGAAUCAUUGCGGCCCAACGCAGUGAGGUACGGGGACCUGAAGAUUAUGUCGCAAAUCGGGCAGGGUGCGUCGGCAACCGUUUUUUUAGCGAAGCAUCUUACCACGGGGCGACGGAUGGCUGUCAAGCGCAUUGACCUUUCACCCUUAUUUUUUGACUGGAGCCUGUCGAGGGGGAGUAAUCUACAGCGCCUGACCUCCACAGCUCACCUGCGUCAGUUGCAGCUCAUUGUGGUGCGGGAACUGCUGGUUCUGCAUCUGGCGUACCGGAACCCGUUUAUGGUAAAAGUGUACAAUGCUUUUUACUCAGAGGAACUCAUGGCUCUUGACCUGGUGAUGGAGUACAUGCACUAUGGUGGCCUGGAUCAUUUGCAUAAACUAUUGUGUGGGAAGAAGCCAAAAAACGGGGCGGCUGGAAACUUUGUAGCACGGGUUGGCCGCGGCAAAGGGAGACUCACAGAGGUGCCGGAGCGCCUUGUGGCGGUGGUGGGUGAACAACUCUUGCGGGGUGUGCAGCACAUGCAUGAACGCGGGUACAUUCAUAGGGACAUUAAACCCAGCAACGUUCUCGUCAACAGCCAGGGCAUUGUGAAGCUGAGUGACUUUGGCCUGUCCCAGCGCUGUGACGCACGCACCGACCAAGUUGACGACAAGGUCGCCGCAGCGCACCUUUUACACAAACAACCUAACAAGGAGAUGUUUUCACCUCUGCAGACUGCCUCAUCGUUAGGUAACCUCACAAACUCUACUGACAACGUGCAUUGCUCCGGCACAAAUAAGUACAUGAGCCCGGAGCGACAACGUGGGGAACCGCAUGGAAAACCAAGCGACAUCUGGGCAGUCGGAAUGACACUUGCAGAGUUCGCUGUUGGUGAGUAUCCCGUCGAUUUAACUGACUGCGAGGACGCCUUCGAGCGUGCGUUUCGCAUCGCGGCACCGUUGGAUUUGCGGAAAUACGCGCGGUCCCACUCGCUGAGUGAGGAGUUCAUUGACUUCAUCCGCAUUAGCAGGCUGCCCGUGGCGGCCGAGCGCCCAACCGCCGGUGAACUGCUUGAGCACCCGUUCUUCCGCCAGUGGAAAGACGAGCCAUUCUCCAUUGAGGUUUACUUGCGUGAUAACAUUACGGAGUAG